UCUGGGAGCCGGCGAGAGGGAGGGGUGGCGCGGCCCGCGCGUGCGUGGUGAGAGCGAGCGUUGGGUGUGGUGACCCGGCUGUGGAGCAUCGCAGGUGUUGCCAGCGAGACCGGGACAGCCUUGUGACCAGCACCGCAUCCCAGCCUGGGCAGCCCUGUGACCAGCGUCAGCGAGACCUGGACAGCCCUGUGACCAGCGCCGCAUCCCAGCCUGGGCAGCCCCGUGACCAGCGCCGCAUUGCUGACCUUAACAGCCCUGUGACCAGCGCCAGCGAGGUCGGGACAGCCCUGUGACCAGCGCCAGCGAGGCCUGGACAGCCCUGUUAUCAGCAUCGGCGAGACCGAGGCAGCCCUUUGACUAGCGCCGCAUCCCAGCCCAGCUCAGCGAGCUCGCGCAGCGCCCGGUGAGGCCGCGACCAGCCAUGUCGGGCGGACAGUAUCCGAUGGGCGAGGUGCCGCCCGGCCAGCAGAUCGGCUGGCAGGCGAGCAGUGCCGUGGCCGGCGGUCCUCCCUCCGACUCGCCGCCGAAGUUCUCCGGCGAACAGGUGCCCACGGCGCCGCCCAUGGACUCCAUGGGUGACCUGCCCGGCUACGAGGGCACCAACUUCGACGGAGGGUUCCAGCCGCCGCCGCCGCCGUACGAGCCGCCGCCGCCCGACGCCGGCCAGGGCGACCAGGUGGACUACACCCAGAACGUGCUCACCGACAGCGAGGUCAAGUCCUGUCUUAACCAGUUUGUGUCGGAGAACUGCUGCUACGGCAAGGGUCCGCUGGCCAAAAUGAAGAUCGUCAACAUCUUGCCGACGUCCGCCUUCAAGUACACGCUGGACACCUUCACCGAGCGCCGCGAGACCAAGUGGAAGUACGAGCCGUCGAGUGGCGGGCCGGUGCCGCCGUCCGGCCUCCAGCCGCCCGGGCCUUGGCAGGUGCCGGUCGCGCCGCCCAAGAUGUUCCAGAGUGACACCACCAGGAUGGAGGUGCCCAACACACAGCUGGUGAAGCUGUGCCACGACUGCCAGGGCCACGGAGACGCCCGCUGCGGUGACUGUGACGGACGCGGAUACGAGACGUGCUCCAGCUGCUCGGGCACCGGCACACGUGUCGGAGACGAAUCCUGCACGUGGUGCGACGGCACGGGCAGCAAGAAGUGCACGUGGUGCAACUCGACCGGCAUGAAGACGUGCAAAACGUGCAACGGCAAGCGGUACUUGCGCUGCUACGUGGAGCUGACCGUCGUCUGGAAGAAGCACGACGACACGUCCGUGGUGGAGAACACAACGCUGCCGGACAAGCUGGUGAAGUCGGCGAGCGGCCAGGUGGCGUUCCGGGACGAGCGGCCGCGCGUCACGCCCGUGGCCGGCUUUCUGGACCCCCAGAUCGGCCGCGCUGCCGAAGACCUGGUCCGCCAGCACGCCACCAAGUGGCCGCUGGAACGUAUCAUUAUGCAGCGCCAGAAGGUGCAGAUCGUGCCUGUCAGCACGGUGGAAUACGUACUGGACGGCCAAGAGGGUGCAUUCCACAUCUACGGCGACGAGAACAAGGUGCACUUCCCCGACUACCCGUCCCAGUGCUGCGGCUGCUGCUCGGUCAUGUAGCCGCUGGGCUGAUGCCGUGUCGGGAAGACGCGGUCACCCAUGUCUCCCGUGACCACAGCCGUUCCGAUGCUGCGGCUUCCGCUUUCCCAUGCGGUCGGCCACGCCGAGCGGGGACGUUCCUCGGGUCCGGCCCCGCUAUCACCCCUCCCUCCCCCUCCCCACCUCCGGCCGUGCCACGUCCUCCGUCGGUCGUGCCGGUCGCACCUGGGCACGGCCGACGCUGGGCGCGGGGUCUGGCUCUGCGCCAAGCGCACGUGACGGGCCGCGUGGGCCAGCUGUCGACUCAGUGUCGGGCAGCGGUGCCGGUGCCGCCCUCCGACCGCGGGCGGCCCCGUGGCCAGGCGGGCUCAGGGCUAUGUCGAAGAGCUCUCGUCUCCUCCCGGCCGCCGCGCCCCUGCGCCCACCGGCCAGGCGGGCUCAGGGCUCAUGUCGAAGAGCCCAUGUCCUCUUCCGGCCGCCCCCCCCCCGCGCCCACCGGUAGUUGUAGACAGGCCAGCGGAAUCUGUACAGUGGUGUGGUCUUGUCAGAGAGCUGUCGUCAGCGUGUCUGUGCGAGCGCUUUCUUAUGCGGCGGGCGCUGUCCGACCACUGUUGAGUCUGCAGUCAGUGGCGUCGAUAGGACGCUGGCUAGUUGACAGCCACGAUUGGCGGCAUGUCUUCUCCUCUUUAUCAUUAAACUAAGGCUUUUAUAAUGAACGUUCUCAUCCCGUGAAUCGUGGAUCGCGGAAAACAACCAUCUUACGCAUUCGCGGCAUGCAUAAUAGCGCAAUCAACGCUUGAGUCCAUAUGCACCGCUGCAUUAUCUCGAGUCUAUGCAUAUGAUCUGUAUAACAGAUGUAUGACAUUUGCGCUGCAGUUUUACAUUCUUAAAUGGUUGAUCAGACAACGAUUCCCCAUGUCCACCCCGGGAACCGUGUUUCCAGUUAUGAGGUUGGUCAUCGUCACCAGUAUUCAGUUGGGGGAAAUGUGCUUGCAAGCAAGCAAAGCCAUGAAGGUGCCUCAGGUCGAUUUUGAUUGGCCAUGGUGGCUGCUGUGAGAUGCGACGCAGGAGUUUGCUCGAUCGAGUGGCGGCAAGACGUCGGGCUGCGUACGAAUGUGAUUGUUGAGAGGUCUUGGGCAGAUUUGUUUGUGUCGCAAGAUUUAGUGGCGAUGUAGCGGCUGAUUAGUUGUGCGAUUCCCAGGGGGAGCAUCUUCGUCGGCCAUUACGAACUGAUUUUCGGGUGUCUCAUGAUGUGUGCCAAUAUAUUCGGAAGCAUGCGACUGAUCGGGGUA